AUGACAUGGGUGCUGACUAGGUUCAAUCAGGCUAAAGAGGAAGGGCUUCGAUCUCCGGUGAUGGCUCCUCAGAUGGGGUUGACAUUUCGCGACCCUUAUCCCGUCCCAUCGGCGACCAUGGUUGAAGUACCUACCACCACUGCCCUCCCUGACCCUGGUCCUCAUUGUCUCUGCUCUAACGGACGGCUUUCGAACAGGUUAGGUGAGCAGCUGUUCGGCUUCCAUCCGAGUGUGUAUCGGCGUUUGCCUUCUUCAUGCUCUAAGGAUCUUGAGUUAUUUUCAAUAAAUCCUGAUGACCAUUAG